AUGGUUCGUCUGACAGUGCAACUGAUUGCUAAAUCAAGCAAUCAUUUAAAAAUGAGCAGAAGUGAAUCUCUCCAGCAAUAUCUUAAAAAACUGACCCAUCUCAACUUCUCAAACAAAAAUAUAGAGGACAUUGAUGAUCUAUCAAUGUGCAAAAACCUUACUGUUCUUUACCUAUAUGAUAACCAAAUAUCACAAAUCUGCAAUUUGGGAUUUGCCUCAAACCUUACACACUUAUACAUGCAGAAUAACAAUAUCUCUCACAUUGAGAACCUCUCAUCUCUACACAAGCUCUCCAAACUGUUCCUGGGAGGAAAUAGCAUCACUGUGGUUGAGGGUUUAGAGGAGUUGAAAAGUCUGAAGGAGCUGCAUAUUGAAGGCCAGAGACUACCCCGUGGAGAAAAGCUGGUUUUUGACCCCCGUUCUAUUUCCAGCCUCUCCGAAUCUCUGUGCAUUCUAAAUAUCAGCAAAAAUAACAUUGAUGAGAUAUGGGACAUGGCUCCUCUCAAAAAAUUGACCCAUCUUUUUGCUGCUGAUAACCAGCUACAGGACAUUCAGGAGUUAGAGACAGUGUUCGGCCAGUGGUCUCAACUGCAUCUACUGGAUCUGAGUAGAAAUCCUGUGAGUCACAAACCUAAAUACAGGGACAGAUUAAUAACUGUCUGCAAAAUUUUAGAGGACCUUGAUGGAAAACAAAUAAAUGAGUUGUCUAGGCAGUUUCUCAUCAACUGGAAAACCUCUAAAGGUGCAAAGAAGAAACUAGAUGACAGGAAAGGACAAAUCACAAAUCCAGUUUCAACUGAUUUUCACAUGGGCCCCCAACAUCCCUUUGCCUGUGACCACACCAGCUCUCUUAGCCCGUCAGAUUAUAGGAGGCCUGGCGUAAAAUUUCGGCAAGACCAAAUUCGAGCAGACAGCAGAGGAGGAAGGUCAAGGCGGCAGAAUAUUCUGGUGAGGAGUAGCAGACCCUGAAAAUCUAAGACAAAUUACUAAGUAAAAAAACCUUUUUAGUGUCCUUAAAUGGCUCUAUUGAAUUUGACUCAGGAAUACUUAUUUCAGGGAUUUUCCUGAAUGCUCUCAAAAAUGUGAAUGUGUUUUUCAUCUCUGUCCACUCUCUUAUAGUCACUGAUAUGAAAUAUAAAUUUCUGAGUAGUUUUACCCUUUUGUUAUCAAAACACUCUCUUGAAAAGUCUGUUACACUGUCUUGUUUGAAGGUGUGCAUAGUCAAAUUCUAUUUGAAGAUUCUAUUUCUGAAAUUCUGUUUAAAAUAUUUGUCUGUGUG